GUGAGCGCUAUGCAUCUCUACCGUUGCUCAGCCCGCUUUCCUUCACCGGGUGGACACACGUGUUUCGCGGGAGUUCUCGAAAGUGUCUGACAGCUCGCUGAGCUGCUACAACAGUGCCUGCCAUCAUGGAGGAGGGCAUCGUGAUGCACACCGUACGUCAGCUGAUGACCAUCAGGGAUCCGCGCACCAAGGAUUGGAAGCUCCUGCACAAUCCCAGCUUCAUCGUCCUCCUGUUGGGAGGUUACCUGUACAUGGCCAAAGUGUGGGGUCCCAAGUUCAUGAAGCAUCGGAAACCGUACGAGCUGAAAGGCAUCAUUCGAACGUACAACCUGUUCCAGGUGCUGUCAAACAUCUACUUCUUGUACAGGAUCAUCUACUACUCCUUCUGGGCGGCCGGUUACAGCCUGUUCUGCCAGGGCCUGACGUACAAAGCCGACGAGAACUCCCGGCAUCUCCUGAAUGCCUACUACUGGUACUUCCUCGUCCGCGUAGCCGACUUUAUGGACACGCUGUUCUUCGUGCUUACCAAGAAAUUCUCCCACAUAUCGGUGCUUCACGUGACCCACCACACCAUAGUCGUGUUCAACGGGUGGAUGUUUCUGCAGUUUGGCCCCGACGGACAGGCCGUGUUCGGUGUGUGCCUAAACGCCUUCGUGCACAUCAUCAUGUACGUCUACUACUUUCUCGCAUCCCUCGGCCCCUCCAUCCAGAAAUAUCUGUGGUGGAAGAGGUACCUGACCCGGAUACAGAUCGUACAGUUCUUCAUAAUGAUUGUUCACGCGUCUAUCCCAAUUUUCGUUGACUGCGGUUAUCCGGUCGUGUUGCUCUGCAUCGGAAUUCCACAAGUCAUCCUGAUCCUGGGCCUCUUCUUGAACUUUUACGUCCAGGCGUACCUUAGCCGCUCGUCAGGCGGUCCUCCCAGUACGCCAGCUCCUCGGCUACAGAGCGAAAAUGGACACAGUCACCACGCUAACGGCAACAACGUGGACACGAAGAAAGAGUUGUAGAAAAUAGCCCUCACGUCGCGAGCCCUUUUUCCUAUUUUCGGUUGUGCAAUUUUUGAGACAGAAAGUUCAAAUGGGACCUGUAAGCUUUCAGGUGCUGUGGAGCAAACGUCCCGUCUUGUUUUCGUGUUGUGUUUGUGAAGAUUUUUGCGAACGCAUUUUUUUGGGUGACGCCCUUGGGCCCACUGAACUGUUGCGAGCGUGUCUGAGUGCCUGCUCGAAAGCGACAGGAGAGCGGCAGCACGCGAGCUUUACGCCCGCGUAAAACAUCUAACAGAGCGUGUUUUCUAUCGCCAUAAUCGAAUUGUGCGUACACAUUUCGCCAACGAUCACCGUAUAGGAGUUACAUUACACGUUAUUCGUGAUAUGUGAAGAAGCUACAUAGCAGUGUAAAUAAGCACGUGUUUAGCAAUAUACAGCUACAGAGGAAAAAGAUUAGCACAAGUGACCGAUGACCGGAGCAGGGAAAUUUCGGUACGUGGCGCUCUGGUUCCCGUGCACACCGGUAUCUAUAAAGUGCCAGAUGAUUCAUGUUUGAAAGAGGGAAUGCCUGGCACUCUCGUGUUUGGCGUGCAAACGAACAACAUAGCCACGAAACGCUCUGGCUAGCCUUUUACAUUCCUGAUAUUUAAAGUUGAACCAGCUGGCAUAUUUUUUGUCGUGUGGUAACUUACGUCAAGAUUCAAUCGGUCUUCCGAAAACAUUGUGUGAUGAAAGAAAUCAUACGAAACGGUAGGACAUGAUGGUACACGCGUUUACAGGAACGCUAUGUUUUACACUAUGUGUAAUGUGGCAUAUGAAGGCCGACAUUCACACCUAAUUGUACAUAAGCUUCUUGUACCGACAGCGUUCACGAUAUUUGUGUCCACCAUAUUGUUAUAAGUUGGACUUUGUUCACAACAUCAGCACUGUUACCAGUGCUUGAAGAUCUGCUCGUGGCUAUACCUUCGUUACGGGGAGAACGAAAAAAGCAGUUUGUGUGUGGAACCGGCAUGUACUUUUUAAAAGACAGAAACUGUUUGGUCGUAGUGUUUGUCUCUCAGAACAUGUGUGAUAUGUAAAUAAACUGUACAUUAGCAAGU